CCCCACACAGCGUUGCUUGCGGCGAUGACACCGUUUACAGGACUUGGGAAUGCGCUUGCGAAUACGAGCCUCUGUGCUCAUGAUGAAGGGUGAAUGAAGAUGUUGAUCCAUGGAGAAACAAGCCCCGCGGAAGGGCAAUUAGAAAGGCUCAAAGGGUCGAAGGUUAGGUUUCCCCGCACUGCAGCACCAUUUGGACAACCGAGGCUGAGGCCAUCGCCAACCAAACGCACGUCAUCCAAGCUAAGGAUCAGUUAUCGAGUCUCCACUUUUGAUGAACUAGCUGAAGGGGCCAUCUGUGAAAUGUGCAGACUAUGAUUGAUCUGCACGUGAG